UCUCAGCUGGGCUGCUUGGCUGGCGAGGAUAGUCAGGAGGGUGUAGUGGAGCCCCCCGCCCGGGAUGGCUGGGACAGUAAAGUGGAGUAUUUCCUGGCUCAGGUGGGAUUCAGCGUUGGCCUGGGCAACGUGUGGAGGUUCCCCUACCUCUGCCAUCAAAAUGGAGGAGGUGAGGAUGGUGUCAAUAUCAGUGGGUAAAAUGUUUUAGUCAUUUAGCAGACACUUAUCCAGUGACUUACAGUAGUGAAGUACAUACAUUUUCAUAUUUCUUUCUCACCUGGGCCCAUACUCACAACACGUCUCUGAUUAUUAUUCCUGGUCUAGGAUCAGUUUUGCCUUUUUAGAUCAUUAUGAAAAAGAUGACAUGGACAAGGGGGACCUGAUCCUAGAUCAGCACUCCUGCUCUGAGACGUGUUAUGAAUACUGGCAAAGGUCUGAGGAGGCAAACUACUUGAACAUUUUCCUCUAAUCUUUGCUGUGAAUGAAUUUGUCUUGGAAAACAAUAUCUCAGUAUUGCUUUUUAGUGCAUCUUAAAAUGUCCUAAUGGAUUUGCCAAUAUGAUUAAAUGACUAUCCUCGCUGUCAUGUUAACAAACACUUAGCCCUCAUGAACACUUUUAUAUUUUACUCCCUCCCACAGGGGCCUUUCUCCUCUUAUACGUGCUGCUCAUGAUCCUGGUGGGCAUUCCCCUGUUCUUCCUGGAGCUGGCGGCUGGUCAGUCCAUCCGGCAGGGCAGCAUCGGGGUGUGGAAGCACAUCUCUCCCAAGCUGGCGGGGAUCGGCUACUCCAGCUGUGUGGUGAGAGAUUAAACAAAGUAGCUUCCCGCUAGUCAUACAAAAGCGGUCACCUGGGGCAGAUUCAUUACGCCGAUUUUGUUGCAAAACUUUUCUUAAACGGAACAGGGAGGACUUACCUGAAUUUGUCCAAUAGAAACUCUUGUUUGCUUUGUUUGCUACCCUUUUGUUUUUUUAAACAGUUUCCAUAAUGAAUACACCCCUAACCUGACUACACAUGGCCCAAGGCCAAAGAUUAGCAAUGCUUCAGUUUGAGCACGAGAUUUGAAAUCCUAUGGGCGCAUUGCAAUUGACAUUACAUAACAACACUUGACUGGAGAGAGUUCUAAUAGAGUUGAAAGUUGUAUCCCAAACAUGUUAUAAAUAUCAGGGUGUCGUAUGAACAUGAAAUACCUGGUAGGAGAUCCUAUCACCAGCUUGAAGGAGACAAUAAUGUGUUACUAACCCAUGUAAACCUUUUCUCAUUUUCAGGUGUGUUUUUUUGUUGCUCUCUACUACAACGUGAUCAUCAGCUGGAGCCUUUUCUACUUAGGAAACUCAUUUCAGUAUCCGCUACCUUGGAAAGAGUGUCCUGAACACGGUAACACAACUGGUAAGGUAACACUCCCAUGGCCACGACCCAUCUGGGCCCGCAGUGGCUCGUGGGUCGGCGUACCCACAUCCAUACACACGCAUGCAGUCAGAGCCCGACCCUCUUGACAGUGACAGUUUUUUGGGGGGAAAUUUUAUAACACAUUUCAAUCAAUUCUACUCAUUUUGCCAUGGGGCGGAGAGAAUAUUGUGCAGUUUUACAGCUAAUUUUCUGCAAGUAUGCACAUUUAACCAUAGGGCGGAGACAAAUGUGUUCAGUUUUUAAUAUGAUAUUUGAUGGUCAGUGCCCCCCCCCCCCCCCCCCCCCCCAAUCGUUAAUUUGACCAUGCUUACUGCAAGUUUAGAUAGUCUAGUGGCCAGCUAAUUUACCAAUACAUUUAUUUUUUGCUGACAUGAGCUAAUUUAGUGACUCAGUGACUGACAUACAGUGGGGAAAAAAAGUAUUUAGUCAGCCACCAAUUGUGCAAGUUCUCCCACUUAAAAAGAUGAGAGAGGCCUGUAAUUUUCAUCAUAGGUACACGUCAACUAUGACAGACAAAAUGAGAAGAAAAAAUCCAGAAAAUCACAUUGUAGGAUUUUUAAUGAAUUUAUUUGCAAAUUAUGGUGGAAAAUAAGUAUUUGGUCAAUAACAAAAGUUUCUCAAUACUUUGUUAUAUACCCUUUGUUGGCAAUGACACAGGUCAAACGUUUUCUGUAAGUCUUCACAAGGUUUUCACACACUGUUGCUGGUAUUUUGGCCCAUUCCUCCAUGCAGAUCUCCUCUAGAGCAGUGAUGUUUUGGGGCUGUCGCUGGGCAACACGGACUUUCAACUCCCUCCAAAGAUUUUCUAUGGGGUUGAGAUCUGGAGACUGGCUAGGCCACUCCAGGACCUUGAAAUGCUUCUUACGAAGCCACUCCUUCGUUGCCCGGGCGGUGUGUUUGGGAUCAUUGUCAUGCUGAAAGACCCAGCCACGUUUCAUCUUCAAUGCCCUUGCUGAUGGAAGGAGGUUUUCACUCAAAAUCUCACGAUACAUGGCCCCAUUCAUUCUUUCCUUUACACGGAUCAGUCGUCCUGGUCCCUUUGCAGAAAAACAGCCCCAAAGCAUGAUGUUUCCACCCCCAUGCUUCACAGUAGGUAUGGUGUUCUUUGGAUGCAACUCAGCAUUCUUUGUCCUCCAAACACAACGAGUUGAGUUUUUACCAAAAAGUUCUAUUUUGGUUUCAUCUGACCAUAUGACAUUCUCCCAAUCCUCUUCUGGAUCAUCCAAAUGCACUCUAGCAAACUUCAGACGGGCCUGGACAUGUACUGGCUUAAGCAGGGGGACACGUCUGGCACUGCAGGAUUUGAGUCCCUGGCGGCGUAGUGUGUUACUGAUGGUAGGCUUUGUUACUUUGGUCCCAGCUCUCUGCAGGUCAUUCACUAGGUCCCCCCGUGUGGUUCUGGGAUUUUUGCUCACCGUUCUUGUGAUCAUUUUGACCCCACGGGGUGAGAUCUUGCGUGGAGCCCCAGAUCGAGGGAGAUUAUCAGUGGUCUUGUAUGUCUUCCUUGUCCUAAUAAUUGCUCCCACAGUUGAUUUCUUCAAACCAAGCUGCUUACCUAUUGCAGAUUCAGUCUUCCCAGCCUGGUGCAGGUCUACAAUUUUGUUUCUGGUGUUCUUUGACAGCUCUUUGGUCUUGGCCAUAGUGGAGUUUGGAGUGUGACUGUUUGAGGUUGUGGACAGGUGUCUUUUAUACUGAUAACAAGUUCAAACAGGUGCCAUUAAUACAGGUAACGAGUGGAGGACAGAGGAGCCUCUUAAAGAAGAAGUUACAGGUCUGUGAGAGCCAGAAAUCUUGCUUGUUUGUAGGUGACCAAAUACUUAUUUUCCACCAUAAUUUGCAAAUAAAUUCAUAAAAAAUUCUACAAUGUGAUUUUCUGGAUUUUUUUUCUUCUCAAUUUGUCUGUCAUAGUUGACGUGUACCUAUGAUGAAAAUUACAGGCCUCUCUCAUCUUUUUAAGUGGGAGAACUUGCACAAUUGGUGGCUGACUAAAUACUUUUUUUCCCCACUGUAACAAUAGAAAAACUGCUGAUGCACAACCAAAAUCGAAAUUGCACCUUUUUUUGUGUGGAAAUUGAUCCGCUGGAGCCGCCAGUUGCCUAUCCCUGCCGUAUAUAGUGGACUACUUUUGAGAAAGUGGGCCCCAUAAAGUGUACUAAAUUAGGAAUAGGUUGGUAUUUCAGACACAACAAUCAAUCAUAUUCGUUGUCUAACAUUUUCACCUGACCAUUGCUUUGUGUCUUAAUCUCAGUGGAGGAAUGUGUUGCCAGCAGUCCUACCACCUACUUCUGGUUCCGGAAGGCUCUUAACAUCACCGACUCCAUCGACAAUACGGGCGAGUUUAACCACGUCAUCACCUGCUGCCUGCUGGCCGCCUGGACCAUCGUCUGCUUGGGGAUGUUCAAGGGCAUCAAGUCCUCUGCCAAGGUACUGAAUGUUCUGCUUCAAGGAGAAGUUUACCCAAAAUCCAGAAACUCCCAAGUGAUUCCAAACAACUAGUUCAGUGGAGUUUGCCCUCUCCCCCAAAUGUCACUGUUUUCCGAUAAAAGAUAGAGAGGUGCAGAAGACGGCGUGUUUGAGAAGUGAAAGCGACAAAGCAAGUGUGUGGAGCUAUGUAGCCUAGCCUGAUUCUUGACGUUCGAGGUGUUCUUAUUGUGUUAUUACCAUUGCACCAUGUCAUGUAGAUAUACAGUGCCUUCGGAAAGUAUUCAGACACCUUGACCUUUUCUACAUUUUGUUACGUUACAUCCUUAUUCUAAAAAUGAGUAAAAAAAACACAAUAAAACCUCAAUCUACACACAAUGCCCCAUAAUGAUAAUGCAAAAACAGGUUUUUAGACAUUUUUGCUCAUUUAUAAAAAACUGAAAUAUACAUUUACAUAAGUAUUCAGACCCUUUACUCAGUACUUUGUUGAAGCACCUUUGGCAGCGAUUACAGCAUUGAUUCUUCUUCUUCUUGGGUAUGACGCUACAAGCUUGGCACACCUGUAUUUGGGGCGUUUCUCCCAUUCUUCUCUGCAGAUCCUCUCGAGCUUGUCAGGUUGGAUGGGGAGCGUUGCUGCACAGCUAUUUUCAGGUUUCUCUAGAGAUGUUAGAUCGGGUUCAAGUCCGGGCUCUGGCUGGACCACUCAAGGACAUACAUUCAGAGGCUUGUCCCGAAGCCACUCCUGCGUUGUCUAGGCUGUGUGCUUAGGGUCGUUGUCCUGUUGGAAGGUGAACCUUCGCCUCAGUCUGAGGUCCUGAGCGCUCUGGAGCAGGUUUUCUUCAAGGAUCUCUCUUUACUUUGCUCCGUUCAUCUUUGCCUCGAUCCUGACUAGUCUCCCAGUUCCUGCCGCUGAAAAACAACGCCACAGCAUGAUGCUGCCACCACCAUGCUUCACCCUAGGGAUGGGGCCAGGUUUCCUCCAGACGUGACGCUUGACAUUCAGGCCAAAGAGUUCAAUCUUGUUUCUCAUGGUCUGAGAGUCUUUAGGUGCCUUUUGGCAAACUCCAAGCGAGCUGUCAUGUGCCUUUUUACUGAGGAGUGGCUUCCGUCUUGCCACUCUACCAUAAAGGCCUGAUUGGUGGAGUGCUUCCAGAGACCUUCUGGAAGGUACUCCCAUCUCCACAGAGGAACUCUGGAGCUCUGUCAGAGUGACCAUCGUGUUUUUGGUCACCUCCCUGACCAAGGCCCUUCUCCCCCGAUUGCUCAGUUUGGCCGGGCGGCCAGCUCUAGGAAGAGUCUUGGUGGUUCCAAACAUCUUUCAUUUAAGAAUGAUGGAGGCCACUGUGUUCUUGGGGACCUUCAAUGCUGCAGGCAUUUUUGGUACCCUUCCCCAGAUCUGUGCCUCGACACAAUACUGUCUCUGAGCUCUACGGACAAUUCCUUCGACCUCAUGGCUUGGUUUUUGCUCUGACAUGCACUGUCAACCGUGGGACCUUUAUAUAGACAGGUGUGUGCCUUUCCAAAUCAUGUCCAAUCAGUUUUAAUUUACCACAGGUGGACUACAAUCAAGUUGUAGAAACAACUCAAGGAUGAUCAAUGGAAACAGGAUGCACCUGAACUCAAUUUAGAAUCUCAUAGCAUAGGGUCUGAAUACUUACGUACAUAAGGUAUUUCAGUUUUUUAUUUUUAAAUGUGCAAACAUUUCGCUUUGUCAUUAUGGGGUAUUGUGUGAAAUUGCUGAGGAGAUAUAUAUAUAUAUAUAUUUUUUAAAAAUCAAUUUCAAAAUAAGGCUGUUAUACGUAACAAAAUGUGGAAAAAGUCAAGGGGUCUGAAUACUUUCCGAAGGCACUGUAUAGGCCUAGGUGCUCUACAGGUUAUGUACAGUAUUUGACAGGGAGUUGAGACAAUUAGACAUUGUGUCACCUUACAUUGCAGAUUAGAAUAUCCCAAAAACGUUGUGAUAAAUAAACAGGCUAAUGUGAAAACAUAAACCCACUAACGGUCCCUGUCAUAGAGGUUUAUGAUAAGCGAUCUUUCAAUCAAGUUUAGCAACUUACUAGUUAGAUAAUUGUCCAUUUGGCCCUGCUGGAACAGGAAAUCUGAGUCAACCCACCCAAGCAAGGACUUCUACACCCCCAGCUUCAGUCUGAUGAAAUGACUGAAUCUGUAACUUUGUGUGUGGGCUGAGUCAGACUCUGGGAAGGGCAUAUUUGCUGUGUAAAAAAAACAUUUGUAGAUUCUAGUAUGGCCAUAGGCCUGUCUGUGUAAAUGUUUGGAAUGUUCCCAUUCUGAAGUAUCCCACUGACGUCAAACUUCACGGAAGCCUUUCAAUUCCUUCGGUACUAAAGAAUUUCUCUAAACGGAGAACUACAAUCAAAAUUACAUAGCAUAUGUCAUCUCUCUUGGUUGACUAAGUUGAUGGAGAUUCAAGAGAUCCUUAUAAAUAAACGUUUUCCCUGCUGUAAGCCUUAUCUACCCCUCCUUCUCCUCUCUUCCAAGGUGAUGUAUUUCUCCUCGGUGUUCCCCUAUGUGGUGCUGCUGUGUUUCCUCAUCAGAGGGCUGAUGCUAGACGGGGCUGCAGAGGGCAUCAAGUACAUGUUCUACCCUAAGGUAUCAUAAUCAUCCACCCAGCACACUGCUUGUAUGAACGAUAGUUAUAAGGGAAAAUUGAGGGGCUUUAACUGUUUUAUAACUGUAAUUCUGGUUUGCUCCAAAGGGGUAUGUGGUUUAGAAUUUCUCAGCUUUUGCAACCAUGGCAAUUCACAAACUCCUCGCAAUCAUGCACUAUGCCUAGAUACACUACAUGACCAAAAGUAUGUGGACACCUGCUCGUCGAACAUCUCAUUCCAAAAUCAUGGGCAUUAAUAUGGAGUUGGUCCCCCUUUGCUGCUAUAACAGCAUCAACUCUUCUGGGAAGGCUUUCCACUAGAUGUUGGAACAUUGCUGUGGGGACUUACUUCCAGAGGCAGGUUGGAGCGAGUGUUGCAACCGAGGACAGACGUAUUUUACACUCUUCAGCACUCGGCAGUCCCGUUCUGUGAGCUUGUGGCCUACUACUUCGCGGCUGAGCCGUUGUUGCUCCUAGACGUUUCCACUUCACAAUAACAGCACUUACAGUUGACCAGGGCAGAAAUCUAACAGGGCAGAAAAAACUGACUUGUUGAAAAGGUGGGAACCUAUGACAGUGCCACAGUGAAAGUCACUGAGCUCUUCAGUAAGGCCAUUCUACUGCCAAUGUUUGUCUAUGGAAAUUGCAUGGCUGUCAGCAACUGGUGUGGCUGAAAUAGCUGAAUCCACUAAUUUGAAGGGGUGUCCACAUACUUUUGUGUAUAUAGUGUAUCUAUCAUGGUAAGAUUCAAAGUGCACCAUGCCAUUUGUUUUCUUCGCCAUUGACUCCUUUCCCUCGACUCUUUCCGCCCUAUGAAUCCUUCUAAAAGAGGAGGGGAAAAGACCCUCAGAGGAAAAAGAACAAAGAAAGAGGGAAAAAGAGAAAAAAGAGGGAAAUAAACCAGAAAGAGGGACCCUCCCUCUUUUCCCCUCUCAACCCCUCUUUCCCCCUCUCCCCCUCCCCUCUUUCCCCCUCUACCCUCCCUCUUUCCCCCUCUCCCCCUCCCUCUUUUCCCCUCUCCCCCUCCCUCUUUUCCCCUCUAUCCCCUUCCCUCUUCCCCCCCUAUCCCCCUCACUCUUUUUCCCCUCCCUCGCUCUUUUCUUCCUUCCAUCCAGCUGGAGAUCUGGGGUGAGGUGCAGGUGUGGCGCCAGGCGGCCACGCAGGUUUUCUUCGCCCUGGGCCUGGGCUUUGGCUCGGUCAUCGCCUAUUCCUCCUACAACCCACGCAGCAACAACUGCCACCGCGACGCCCUCACUGUCUCCACCAUCAACUUUCUCACCUCCGUCCUCGCCACGCUGGUGGUGUUUGCCGUGCUGGGUUUCCGCGCCAGGGAAGUUGCCAUGCGCUGCGUGAAGGAGUGAGUGAGUGUGUGUGUGUGUGUGUGUGUGUGUGUGUGUGUUUUAUUUUUUGCUCAGAACUUGAGGGCCAAAUAAAAUCACCUGCGGGCCAGUUGGAGAAACCUCUUAUAUGUCAUACCUACUCGGUCAGAAAAACCUCUGGGCCAUUGCUAAAAUGUAUAAUAAACUGACUGCUUGUUCUCCACCCUCCCCUCUCUCAGUAACUUGGAGAAGCUGUCGGAGCAGUUCUCAGUGGGCCCUCUUGACCGGGACCUGCUGCCCAGGUUCAACAUCUCUGACCCCAGCUCGGUGCCCCUGGAGGCCUACAGGGACUGGUUCAAGGGUCACGGAGCCAAGGUCCCUGGGAACCUCACUGACUGCAGCCUGGAGGAGGAGAUGAACAAGGUAAACGGUUGAUCUUGCACUCAAGCCUGCCUCUUCUUUUACUGCAUUCUUUGAGUUACAGCUUUGCCCUCUUUAUUUGCAAACCAACCUAACCUGCCUGUUUGUUGCUCCUCCCACUCAUUAUGAAUUAACUAAUUGCAUUUUAGCAGGUUUAUUGCUAGAAUGUAUAUAAAAUGUAAAGAUAAAGUUUGGCUCUGUUGAGAUGCUAUGUCAUGAUAAAUGUAAAUCUCUCUUUCUCUCUCUCUGCCUCUGUCCCUUUCUCCUUAUCCUUCCUCUCUCGCAGGGUGUGGAGGGCACAGGGCUGGCGUUCAUAGCCUUCACAGAGGCCAUGACUCUGUUCCCGGGCAGUCCCUUCUGGUCAGCUCUGUUCUUCCUCAUGCUGCUCAACCUGGGCCUUAGCACCAUGUUCGGCACAAUGGAGGGCAUCCUCACACCCCUCACUGACAACUUCAAAGUGCUUAAGCGCCACAAGACCAUGCUCACAGGUAAAGAGUGUGUCGUGACCCCAUCAGGCAGCCCAACAUGAGUUUGAGAAUAGGGUUUAAUAUUUUUUUCCGGUAUUCCUGUUCAAACCGGAAAUGCAAUUUAAAAGCAUAUAAUUUCAGGGGGAAAAAAUCUGACAUGACUAUACCACUGUAAAUCGAGAAAUAUACACAUGGAUUGAACUGUUUGAUGUACAGUGCAUUCGGAAAGUAUUAAGACCCCUUGACUUUUUCCACAUUUUGUUACGUUACAGCCUUAUUCUAAAAUGGAUUAAAUAGUUUUUUCCCCCUCAUCAAUUUACACACAAUACCCCAUAAUGACGACAGCAAAAACGUUUUGCUAAUAAAAAACCUGGAAAUAUCACAUUUACAUAAGUAUUCAGACCCUUUACUCAGUACUUUGUUGAAGAACCUUUGGUCCUCCACAAGCAGUGUGCAGACAUUUUUUGGUACCCUUCCCCAGAUCUGUGCCUUGACAAAAUCCUGUCUUGGAGCUCUACGGACAAUUCCGUCGACCUCAUGGCUUGGUUUUUGCUUUGACAUGCACUGUCAACUGUGGGACCUUAUAUAGACAGGGGUGUGCCUUUCCAAAUCAUGUCCAAUCCGUUGAAUUUACCCCAGGUGGACUCCAAUCAAGUUGCAGAAACAUCUUAAGGAUGAUCAAUGGAAACAGGAUGCACCAGAGCUCAAUUUCGAGUCUCAUAGCAAAGGGUCUGAAUACUUAUGUAAAUAAGGUAUUUCUUUUUUCUGUUUUUAAUACAUUUGCAAACAUUUCUAAACAUGUUUUCGCUUUAUCGUUAUGGGGUAUUGUGUGUAGAUUGAUGAGGAAAAUUGUUAAUUUAAUCAAUUUUAGAAUAAGGCUGUAAUGUACCAAAAUGUGGAGAAGGUGUCUGAAUACUUUCCGAAUCCACUGUAUUUGUUGCAAUUUAAUUAACUCAAAAAAGUUUGUCCAAAGUCUCCACCAUAUUUCAUUGAUGUAGCCUAGUUUUUAUGUAGGCCUAUAAAGCACUGUUGGCCUACUGGUGAAAUGUUAUAAGGUUAUUACAGCCUAGUGAAUACUGGCUGUUUUUACUUUAUGAUAACCUGCUUAUAGUGGUGACUUUGUCACAGGGAACAUAUCAGAUUCUCCUCUAAACAAAGCAAGUAGCGGAGAUUCAGCAGCAUGGAUAGCGCCGCGGUUGAUCAAUUGCCCGCAAAUGCUCUUGCUUUUGUAGUGUAACAUCAUGUUGAGUAAAUAUGGCAGGCUGUUAGCGUUGUGAUGACUGGUCUAAUGUAUGAAUGAAGCCAGAGAGUUGAUAUGUCCAAUUCAUGCAGCUAUUUGCACGUGCCUAUUUUGCAUUAGUGUGGCAUAGAAAUUGUAUAUUAUUGGUCCUGUCAUUAUUUUUCUCUGGAAACAGGAAGGAGUUUGGUCGGGAAAUCUCGGGAUACCGUUUACCGGUAUUAAACCCUAUUUGGGAACCACUGGAAGAAAACUAUACAGAUCAAGUCAAGAACAAUAAAGCCUUGUUCACGUUGGCAGUUUGAAGUGACUUAAAUCCAAUAUUUUUGCACAUCCGAUUCGAAUCUGUUAUUUUUCCUGCGGUCUGAACAGCCAAAAAGCACAUGUAAUCUGAUAUUUCACAGCACAUUUCAAACCACCUUCGUAGGUUGCAAAUGUAUUGGAUUUGAGUCACUUCAAACUGCCAACAUGAACAAGGCUUUAUUGUUCUUGACUUGAUCUGUAUAGUUUUCAUCCAGUGGAUAUUUCUCGCCACAUUUCAAACCACCUGCGUAGGUGGUUUGAAAUCAGAUAUAAAUCUGAUUCCUGGCCAUGAUUUAUUUGGUCUCAAGUGGUUUUUAGACAUAUCUGGUUACUUGCUAGCUACUCUGACAGUUUUGACAAUAAUAUUUGGUAGCUAACUAGCUUGUUAAUUGUUUACAGACAAAUUAGUGAAUGUGCUAGAAAGCUAAAUGGCUACCUAGCUAGCUAUACUGAGCAAAAAUAAAAACGCAACAUGUAAAGUGUUGGUCCCAUGUUUCAUGAGCUGACAUAAAAGAUCCCAGAAAUGUUCCAUAUGCACAAAAAUAUAAUUUCUGUAAAAUUUUGUCCGCAAAUUUGUUUACAUCCCUGUUAGUGAGCAAUUUUCCUUUGCCAAGAUAAUCCAUCCACCUGACAGGUGAACAAUAUCAAGAUGCUGAUUAAACAGCACGGUCAUUACACAGGUGCACCUUGUGCUGGGGACAAUAAAAGGCCACUGUAAAAUGUGCAGUUUUGUCACACAACACAAUGCCACAGACGUCUCAAGUUUUGAAAGAGGGUGCAAUUGGCAUGCUGAUUGCAGGAAUGUCCACCAGAGCUGUUGCCAGAAAAUAUAAUGUUAAUUUCUCUACCAUAAGUCACCUCAAACGUCGUUUUUGAGAAUUUGGCAGUACGUCCAACCGGCCUCACAACCGCAGACUACGUUUAACCACGCCAGCCCAGGGCCACCACAUCCGGCUUCUUAACCUGCCGGACCAGCUACCUGGGCAGCUGAUGAAACUGACAAGUAUUUCUGUCUGUAAUAAAGCCCAUUUGUGGGGAAAAACUAAUUCUGAUUGGCUGGGCCUGGUUCCCCAGUGGGUGGGCCUAUGCCCUCCCAGGCCCACUCAUGGCUGCACCCCUGCCCAGUCAUGUGCAAUCCAUAGAUUAGGGCCUAAUUAAUUCAUUUCAGUUGACUGAUUUCGUUAUAUGAACUGUAACUCAGUAAAAUCGUUGAAAUUGUUGCAUGUUGCGUUUAUAUUUUUUGUUCAGUAUAGAUGACUGCUCUGGCUAGCCAAAAAGGACUUGUUUUGAAAUUUGGAUCAUCUUAUCCUUUGAGGCUUUAAAAGUGUUCUUACACUAUGAUUUUGAACAUUCAAAGGAACUGGGAAACGUCCAUGGCAGGCAUUGUUGUCACAUUAGCUUGCUACAUAACUUCUGAGUGAUGGGAAGCACGAGCACCACCACCAAUCAGCGUACACCACUGCGCACACACCCGUCGUUACUAUUACAACUAGCGUAGCCAUGUCAGCAAAUGACUGCGGUCUGAACAAACACACAUCCAAUUUGGUAACUUGUAUCUUGCUGUUUAGACUGUCCAGUAUUUCAAAGAUUUGAAAAACAAAACAGAUUUGAGCAUUAAGGCCUGCAGUGUGACAAGGCUAAAAUGUCUUAUUGACAUGGGAGUAUUAAGACUAUCACAUUCUUCCCAGUUUGCGCAUAUAUUACGACAACAUUUUGUAACGUUUUGGUGUUCGGCAGGGUUUUUUUUUCAGCUGUUCGAGCACACCAUUUUUUUUUUCUUGAGGCAAGUCGAUGUUCGUUAGCCGACGUCGACGCCCCUUCGUCGGUGAUUGGUCAACAGUACUACUCCUAAUAGGAGUGGGACCUAUGGACGGGAUUCUUCAAUGAAGUGUUUGUCAUUUAACAAGGGAGGACUAGUUUUCAUGCACAUUUUUUCACUUCAGAAAUACUGCACCAAACAUCUUAGUUAAAUGUAUAAUUGCGCGAUUAAGACCUGCUUGGUAAAAACAAACUUAAUUACAGAUAUCGUGAUUUAUCUAUUUUGAGGAAGUGUAUCCUGGCUAAGUUGUUGCUACGGCGUCUUAAGAGGGACUAACAUUAAUUAUAUUUCUUGUUUUUCAAGCAAAGGUAUUUUCAGGGAGCGUGCGAGGCACAGACGUUUUCUUCGCCGAGUUCUGCUAGGAGGAAACCAAACUUAGUAUGCGGUCGCCUUUAUAAGAUGGCAUCAUAAUGGGGUCUGAGUGUUAGUCCUGACUCCUCUUUAGUAAACAUGCCAAGUCUAUCUGUGUGGGGUCUGUAACGUUCUCCCUCUAUCCCCCAGUGUGUAGCUGCGUCGUCGGCUUCCUGAUUGGCAUGCUGUUCACGCAGCGCUGUGGGAACUACUUUGUGAUGAUGUUUGACGACUACUCUGCCACCCUGCCCCUCAUCAUCGUGGUGGUGUUUGAGUGUUUCAGCGUGUCCUGGGUGUACGGCGCUGACCGGUAUGAACCUAUUAACUACACUGACUGCAUAAACCACAUGACAAACCUCCGAAAUUAGAUGAGACCAUUUCUUUCCAGAAAGAGGAAUAUUCAUUAAAGACAUGCUCUGGUACAUUGAUGACUAGUAAGUCUUUUUUUUAAACCUCCCGCUUUGUAGUGAUGUGUCAAUGUGUAGAUCAUACAUGCAUAAUCUAUGAGCAGAUUACCUAAAUUAGCCACGAAGUCACUAGUUUGAAAGCAACUGUUUUUUGGAAGGUGUGCAGUGGCAUUUUCCCAACAUUUACCCCCACAUGGGCCAGCCCCCUAGCAAAUCGAGUUUCAGCCAAUGAGCUUCAGCCCCUCGCCAUUUGAGUGACAGCUAGCAAGACACACACACAGUAGAGCGAGAGAGAGCACGUGGUGGACAUAUCUGCAAUUUUCAGGGACCACUUUUGGCUCGUGGGCACUACUUUCAGAACUACUGGCUAAAAAGUGUACAAAAGUACCGGAGAAUAUAUUUAAUGAAGAAAUGUAGUCACACUUGAAUUAUUCAGGGUAGAAGAAAGUGGCUCCAGAUGUGGAUUUAGAACAUCGAUCCUUCAGGUUGACUCGCUGUGUCUGUCUGUUCCCCCUUGUCUCUCACUGACUAUUGCCUUGUAUAUCUGAAUGUUCAGGUUCCUUGAUGACAUAGAGAAGAUGCUGCACUGGCGCCCUCCUGUGGUCUAUAAAUACCUGUGGAAGUAUGUGUGUCUGCUGGCCAUGCUGGGGCUGCUUGGAGCCAGCCUGCUGAAGAUGUGCUUCAAACGGCCCACCUACACUGCCUGGAACAGAGAAACGGUUAGGCGACACUAGGCUGCUCAUCCUUUCCCCCCCCCCCCAACUCCAAGGCUACUUUACCAUGGUCAAUAUAUGAUCAAUUCACGAGUUUAAGGACCAGACAUUGAAAUGGGUUUAGAAUACUUGAGGAAAUUGCAUGGGAUGUGAGAAGGAUUUAGGAGGGGAAUGAGAACGGGCCGGAUGAAGCCAAAGGCUGCAGAUGAAGGAUCCGGGGCAGACUCUAGAGUUUGGCUUUGAGUCUCAGGUAGACAUAGUCAGGCCAUGAUAGUUAGGCUCUUGUGAUGAUGGCAAUCUCUAAAAUCCCCUCCUCCCCCAGGUGAUCCUUGGAAGAACCCAAGCGGUACUAGAUAGAAGGGAUGCAAAACGUGAUAAGGCGCAACAUCACAUGCACUGCAGAACAAAGAGGAACGUUCGUCUGGUUUAAGUAGGGUGGCAGUGGUGAUUUGAGAGUGAGGAUAGGUGUGGAGGCUGAUUAGCAAUGAGUUGCAGCUGAUGCUGUUGAGGUGCUGCGUUCACAGCAACUAGUUAAAGUGUUGGAACAGGCCUGGAAGCUGAAUUGGCAGUUCGUAGCAGCCGGUGCUUGUUGAGUUAGUAGGGAGCUGCGUUCAAGGCAACUAGUUAGUGUUGCAUUCAUGUCUAGUCCUCUCCUACAUUUUUGUUCAUUCUUAACACCAUUAUACGAACUGCAGUUCUUGUGACAAUAGGGAUAUCAUUAAGAUUCUGCCUUUCUCUCUGUUUUACUUACCAUUCUGUCCUCCCUGUGUAUGCCUGUUCACGUCUUGGUCUCUACCUGCCCUGCCCACCUGUUUACAUUGUCUGUGCCUAUUGCUCUCUCACUUUGAUCGUAUUAUAUUUAAGCAAUAAGGCCAAAGGGGGUGUGGUAUAUGGCCAAUAUACCAUGGCUAAGGGCUGUUCUUAUGCAUGAUGCAACGCGGAGUGCCUGGACACAGCCCUUAGCCAUGGUAUAUUGGCCAUAUUGCUAUUAUAAACUGGUUACAAACGUAAUUAGAGUAGUUAAAAUAAAUGUUUUGUCUUACAUGUGGUAUACGGUCUGAUAUACCACGGCUGUCAACCAAUCAGCAUUCAGGGCUCGAACCACCCAGUUUAUAAUUGUAUUUAAUCAUCUCGGUCUCUUCCUUAGGCCUCAGAGGUGACUCUGGACUACCCUGACUGGGCCCUGGGCGUCUUGGCUGUUUUGAUCAUAUUUGCCACGUUGCCUGUUCCCCUGGGGUACAUCCACUCCAUCCUGAGGAACAGAAC